AUGCAAACUUAUAAUCAGAAUUGCCAAGGAUUAGAACUUUUCAAGAGAAUAUUAGAAUAUGACGUAGCCGAAAUCUUUUCAGUAUUAGGUUCUGCAGCAUCAUCAAAACAGGAUUUUAGCAAUCAAUCAAAUAAUUCAAAAAAACAAUCAAAUAUAUAUUUAAAUAUCGAAUUAAAUAAAUUUAAUAAUAGAGCACAAUAUUUAAAUACUCCAAUUUUAGUCAUCUAUAUUUAA